AUGGACAUGGAGUACGAAGGAAAGCCUAGCAAUUCUGAGACCUCAAGCGAAGAAAAUGAUCAGCCAGCUGAAAAAUUCACCGAUGAAAACACCAGCGCUGGUCGAUUUUAUGAGUGUAUUUUCUGCAAAAGAGGGUUCACAAAUGCUCAGGCCUUGGGAGGUCACAUGAAUAUACAUAGGAAAGACAAGGCAAAGGCGAAGCAGAAAGCGAGAAAGUCUUCGGUUACGAGCAAAUCCAGUGAAGAAGUUAUGAGUUCGAGAAAUUAUGAAAGGCUCUCAACUGAGCAACCUCAAUAUUACGCUGUUCCUACGGAAAGCCAGAUGAAUAAUUACCAGUACUUCUUUCCGGGAUCAAACCCUAAUGUUUCACAGGGGUAUGAUCAUUUGGGUGGUUUCGCUGCUCCAAGGCAGGAGUGUCUUAGCUUGUAUGGGGAUCAUCAUGAGGGUCUCAACCUGAGUAUGCAUAUUGAUCAUUAUCAUCAUGAAAACAUGAGUAAAAGCUACGGGAACAACACUUGGGAGGAAGAAGAUGAGGUGGAUUUGGAGCUUCGCCUUGGUUAG